UUCAGAGUUGUCAGGUGGUAAACAAAGCAGUCUAAUGUCCGUAAAAUAUGUAAAUUAAAGAGCCGUGCAGUUAUGUAAAAGGAGUUGUGUACGAAGUGAGAAGAGGCGAAAAACGAAACUCGUUGAAACUGCAAUUACGAGAACUGAGAAAUGGAUAAGAUAGUGAAGCUGAACAAUCAAACAGCCGGAAGAGACAAGAUUAUAAGGCUACUGCAGUACGGCAGCAGGGCCAGCUGGUAUUUCUUUCAAAACGGAGAACGGACCAGGCAGAGAAUCGAUGUUCUCAAAAGUCUCGAAUACACCUUCAGCUCCUUUCGAAAACUCUUGCGGCUCGGAAGAUGUUUGGACUUGUUGUACUCGGCGUUGUCUUCAAUGAGGUAUCCAGAUUUGGUUGUGAGGAUAACGAUGACAUUGUCCAAGAUAUCCAACGCGUUGUUCCUGCUUGCAGACCACAUAAUCUGGGUCGGCAGAGCAGGGAUUUGCCAGGUGAACGUUGAGAAGUGGAAUCAAGUGUCAAACAAGUACUGGCUGAUGGCGAUAGUGAUGAACCUUGUACGAGACGUUUAUGAGAUAUCGAAAAUAAUGGAGCAGGAAACGGCUGGCCUAAAAUUGCGGGCUGUUAAAACGUGUAAAUUUGAUCUACCAAUGCAGUUUCGAGCUUUGUGUUGCGUAAAGAAUCACACAGAUGUUUUUGUCGACACGAUAAAAAAUAGUUGCGACAUUUUCAUACCUCUAACUUCUCUCGGUUACACCAGAUUCAAUCCUGGAGUCGUCGGACUCCUCGGUCUCAUUUCUUCCGCUGCCGGUAUCUACAGCCUUGUUUAUCCGUUGGCCAAAUUGACGCCUGCGUAAACAUCGGGGAAUCUCUUCCGAAAAGAGAUUAUUCGUGUUCUCUCUCUCGCGCUCUCAUUCUUUCAACAUUUCAUAAAAACACCUCUUAGAACACAUUCCGAUGAUACAUUUUUAUUCUUUCCUCUUUGUUGUCGU